CACGUCAUGUGAGAAUACCUGCAACCUUUGCAAAACAAUAUGGAUCACGCUAAAUUUAAUAUCAUCAACUUGUUUUUAUUGAUCUGUUUGGGGGCAAUACGUGGCACGAGUGGCGCUGUUACAUUAAUUGGUUUGCCAAACACAGUACGUGUGCCAGAAAACAGCCCUGCUACAGUGGUGGCCAGUUUUACAGUCAGUGCUACAGGGGGAGCCACAAUUCCAAGUGGUUUGCCCAUCAUUAUAAACUCAAAUCCUCUCAGCUCAGCCUUUACCAUCAGCAACAUAAAUUCAAAAUGUGAGAUUCUGUUCACUGGGAAUCCUAUACUGGAUUUCGAAACAGCACCAAAUACAUUUAAUUUGCAGAUAUAUGUGAACGACUCAAAGGGAGACACUGACCUCCAAAUACUUACUAUAGUGAUAACAGAUGUGGAUGAGCCCCCUGUGUUUCUGGACAAUUUGAAAAAUCAAGUUUACAUCACUGAGAAUUCACCACAAGGUACCAUUUAUACAGUUCUAGCAUACGACCCUGAAAAUAAACCACUCCAGUAUUCACUGCAACCAACAAGUUACCCAUUUAUUAUAAGUGGCGAAACGGGAUCCAUUAUCUCAACCAAAGUUUUUGAUUAUGAGAAAGACCUCAAAAGUUACAAUUUACUGGUCAAAGUAGGAGAUGGAACAAACCCAGAAAUUAAUGGAACUGUAAUUGUUAACAUUGUAAAUACAAACGACAAUGCACCUAUUUUUACCAUGAAGCAGAGAACAUUUACCAUUCCAGAAGAGCAGGCACCAGGAACAAUUGUUGCUAACGUAACAGCUCAAGAUGCAGAUGACUUUAGUAAUGUAGGCAACCUCACCUUCAGUAUAAACCCCACAGAUUACUUUACCAUUAACCCAUUGAUGGGUAUAAUUCAAGUGGCAGAGAGGAUAGAUAGAGAUGCCAAGCCCCUUCGAGACAAUCCACUGAUAACUGUAGAAGUGAGUGUUAUAGACAGUCCAAAAGGAGGUCAAUCAACCUCCAUGUCAAUAACAUUCAACGUUACUGAUAUCAACGACAAUCCACCUGUUUGUAUUCCAGAUACCUACAGGCCUCAAGUUGAAGAGACAGCCAUUAUUAAUACAAGGAUUAUAACAAUAACAUGCACUGAUAUUGAUGUCGACCCGCCAAAUAAUCAGUUCAAAUUUACUAACCUAUCUUGUAACGGGUGUAAUCAGAUAUUUGACCUGAACCCAGCAUUUUCUGGAAAUAUUGUGUUAACAGGAAGUCUAGACCUUGAGCAACCUAAUAACCCACUUGAAUACACCUUAACUGUAGUGGCUGAAGAUAUAACGGCUCCGUUUUAUAAAGAUACAGCUUACGUUUAUGUGAUAGUCCUUCCAGUAAAUGAAAAUCCUCCUGUGUUCAACCCAACAACUUAUAAUUUCAGUGUUUCUGAACUUAAUGGACAAUGGACAUUAGUUGGAGUUGUGACUGCGACUGACAAAGAUAUUCCCUUUACUGGAAUAAGCUACUCAAUAGUAGCAGGUGGAAGCACUCUUGGUUACAGCAACAUAUUUUGGAUCGAUCCAAAUACAGGAUCAAUACAGCUUAUGACAGAACCAGACUAUGAAACUACGUCAAAGUAUGUUCUCACCAUAGAGGCUGUGGACAACGAUCCUAAAGAUCCCAAAACAGCAAAUUCUGUAGUGACAGUAAAUAUUCUUGAAGCAAACAAUGAAAAACCGAUGUGUACACCAAAUGAUUAUACACUGACUAUUCCAACUGACCUCAGCCCAGGCACUAACAUUCAGAAGUUCCAACUCACCUGCACUGAUCGAGACUCCCCACCUACAGCCUUCCGUUAUACCAUUAAUUCAGGUAACAUAAACAACCACUUUGCUUUUUCACCACCGGAGGGCUCAAACAUCACAAGACUUAUUCUGGCAGAACCGUUUCAUUACUCUGACGGCCUGGACAAACAAUGGAAUUAUAAACUUCUUGUAUUUAUAACAGAUGAUAACCUACUAUCUAAAGGCAUUGUAGAGACUGGAACAGUUACAAUAAAUGUAAAUGUAGUGAUUGCAGGCCUGACUACAGUUUCAACCACUACACCUCCUAGUAUCUCAUAUAUCCAUAUUGCUAAAAAUGUGUAUGCCAAGACUGCAUGGUAUGUCCCAUUCAUAAGUACCCUGGGUGCAAUGCUUCUCCUCGGAUUUAUGGGGUACCUACUCUAUCACCUGGCAAAAUAUCUGUCAACAAAAGACCACAGCUGCUGCACACCAAAACCUGAUAAAUACAAGGAGCCUCUGUAAGUAUUUAUUUUUAUUGGGUUUUUUUGUUUUAAUAAAUUGAACACGUCUCAACAGUUUUUACUGAUUAUAAAACAAACCAAACAAUGACUAGGUCUGUCUGGCUAAUAAACUGAUGUUCCAGGGCAAACCUCUGCUUCAAGGUUUGCUGUUUUUUUGUUAGAAAAUUGAACAUAAUAGAUGCACAGCAUCUAAUUAAAAAAGUUAUUUGCUUUAAAUUACAUUUUCUAACUUGAAUUUCUUACUUUCAUGGUGUUUGCAGUAAUUCUCAACGUUUCUUAUUGCAAUUACUCAGAUAUUGUUUUUUUAAGACCGUGUAUUCUUCAACUCUACUUACCCACCACAGACAUAUGUAAGGUAGGCUGGAGUAGUGUGUUUAUAGUAAUAAGCACCAGCAACAUGUAGUGCACAGUUGUGUACAAAAGGAAACUUAAUUCAAAGUAGCUGUUCAUAAGAUCACGCUGGCUCUUAAUUCAAUAAAAACACCUUUGCUGACCUACACAAUGAUACUUUUGUCUAUGGCAGGCAACAAGUACAGACACGUAGCUCCUGAACUCAAGUGAACACACUUUAACACAGACUUACCUACAGAUUAUGAUAUUUUAAUAAAAUAGUUAUUUGCGUAAUUGCAAUAAUAACCACUCAGAAUGAUUGCAAACAAAAAGGUGAGGGUUAAUAAAACAGAAAACAUAGUUUGAAGCAACUUCCUCCUUAAUACUCUUGAGUUGGGAGUUCUCUUUGUGAACAUGUUUGUAAAUUUUUGAUAUUGCUGUUUGAUAAAGACUUUCCUUUAUUGUUUUUAUUUAACAGGAUUCAAAAUACAAGUACGUUUUUUUAAAAGAUAGAAUCUUUAAACUUUUGUAUAUUUCAAAUUAAAAAAUAUAAUGUUUUGUACACUGUCUAAUUUUGUAUCUCAAUCCCAUUUUCUUUGCAGAUAAAGCCAAGAAAGAAGUCGUUCUGGAGUUGACAAACGUUAACACUGUCUUUGAUGGAGAAGCAGUAGAUCCAGUCACAGGGAAAGUUUAUGAGUUCAACACAAAGUCUGGAGCUCGCCGGUGGAAAGACACCCAGAUAGUCAAGGACCCUCAGCCAAUCAAAAUGGAGAGCAGUGAGCUUGUGAUUCCAGUGUUGCCCUCCAGUAUUAACGAAGGCAAAGGGAGGAUCAGGACAGCAAACGGACAGAAAACCAACAGUAACGAUGUCAAGGCAGAACAGAAGAGAGCUGAAAAGAAGAAUGAAUUUGGACCUGACCCCAAGAGCUUGCUUGAGAACCCAGCAGGGCAGCCCACAGAGGGGUUGUCACCAUUACCAACGCCAAAGACGAAACAGGAAGGAGAACCAAAACCCAUUCUGAAAAAGGGGGAUCUGUCAGAAGUCUGAAAUUCUUUAUAAAAAAUCUCUGUGCUAAAAUCACAGCAGAAAAAUUAUUUUUGUGUGUUUUUUAUAAUUUCGCACGGUACUGUUGCUUGAUCUACAUAUGGUUUUGUUAACUUUUUAAUUUGUUUGGAUGUAAUAUUCAAAGAUCACUUAUGUUUUGAUACUGAACUAUGCUAGCUAAUCUAAUUUAAACAUUGGCUAAAAAAAAAGCCAUUUAAACGUUGGCUGUAAAAAUAUAAUAAAAGCCAAAUUAGGUCCAAUUUAAUUAAUUGAUUGAUUGUAUUAGUAUACUUUAAAUACAUUUUAGAACAAUAAGAUAUUACAAAAACGGAAUCAGUCACAAAUAUAAAAUGUACUUGUGACUUGCAUUUGUCUUCCUCUGAAAUGGCUGACAUGAGCACCACUUAUUUUAGUAUAGCUUUCUGUUUGUGUGUAAUAUCUUGGAUGUCUGUUUAAGUUUACCUACCUAUUUAAAAAAAAAAUGGAAUCAAAUUGCAAGUCUUACAAUUCAAGGAUUGGACUUAAACUUGAUACAUCAUAGUACAGACUGAAUGCAGAGGCCAGCUAUCCAUCUUUAAUGUUUGUUAAGGUUUUGAUCGGGGUUGUCUGGUGUGCCAAAAUCAGAUAAAGUCCAUUUUGUUUUGUUUUUUGUCCUGAUUGUAGCUGAGGUGUAGGGUAUACCUCUUAUCUUAAUCCCAACUAAGAGCUGUGCUGUGAAAGCAAUCAAUUGAAGGCAACCAAGUAUUUAUUCACACAGAUGACUCUCACACUUUAUAGUUGGGACUUAUCAUGCUGUUUUUCUUUAUUUAAAAAAAAUGUUUUCUUGGA